GCGGGAAUAUGAUCCCAUAGUUUAGCUGGUCCACAUUUGGGGAUGACGUCAGGAGACUGCUCCAGGACUUUAGAAACAAUCAGACAGUAGAGUACCAAUAUGAAUACCCUUAGCCUCACUCGGUCCUUUAUAACAGUUUUCGUCAGUUUAGUCAUUUGCAGCAUUUGUACCGUGAAUGGAGAUUACUGCAAGGUGAACCUGUGUCAUAAUGGAGGGACAUGUGUGACUGGCAUUGGAGAAGAUCCCUUCUUCUGCAUCUGUGCUGAAGGAUUUGCUGGAGAUACUUGCAAUGCCACCGAGAAUGGUCCUUGUAUUCCAAACCUGUGUAAAAACGAUGGGACAUGUGAGGUGAUCGCUAACUCCAGAAGAGGAGACGUUUUUAAUGAAUAUGUGUGCAAAUGCCAACCUGGGUUUGAAGGUGCACACUGCCAUAUCAAUGUGAAUGACUGUGCAAACCAGCCUUGUAAGAAUGGAGGCCUGUGUCGUGAUCUGGAUGGGGACUACACCUGCCACUGCCCUUCUCCAUACGUUGGGAAGCAAUGCCAGCUACGCUGCAUAUCUCUGUUGGGGAUGGAGGAAGGUGGAAUCAUAGAGUCCCAGAUCUCGGCUUCCUCUGUACACUCUGGCAUUCUGGGGCUGCAGCACUGGGGACCGGAGCUCGCACGCCUCAAUAACCAGGGCCUUGUGAAUGCCUGGAGCUCCGCACCCCAAGACAAGAACCCCUGGAUUGAGGUUAACAUGCAGAAGAAGAUGCAUCUCACUGGAAUCAUCACCCAAGGAGCCAGCCGCAUGGGGACAGCUGAGUUUGUCAAGGCUUUCAAAGUUGCAUCCAGCUUUGAUGGCAAAUCAUACACAGUGUACAGAGUGGAUGGCCAGAGAAAAGACAAAGUGUUUUGGGGAAAUACAGAUAACGAUGGAACUACGACAAACAUGUUUGACCCUCCCAUUGUGGCCCAAUAUAUUCGCGUAAUUCCUGUGGUGUGCCGUACAGCUUGUACUCUCCGGAUGGAACUUGUGGGCUGUGAGCUUAAUGUGCACUCCAGAACAAUUGGUUGCACCGAUCCGCUGGGCAUGAAGUCCCGUCUCAUCUCUGACGUGCAGCUUACAGCAUCUAGUAGCUUCCGCACCUGGGGUAUUGAUGCCUUUACCUGGUAUCCCUUCUACGCUCGCCUGGACAAACAAGGCAAGACUAACGCUUGGGCGGCAGCGAGCAACAACCGCUCAGAGUGGCUCCAGGUGGCUUUGGAGAAACCUAAAAGAAUCACAGGCAUCAUUACUCAGGGAGCAAAAGACUUCGGAGUUGUGCAGUUUGUUUUAGCCUUUAAGAUUGCAUACAGUGAUGAUGGACAAUCUUGGAGCAUUGUGGAGGAUCAAAUAACGAGAACAGAUAAGAUUUUCCAAGGCAACAUAGACAACAACACGCACAAAAAGAAUUUGUUUGAGCCUCCGUUCUUUGCCCGAUUUGUGCGGUUUCUGCCCUGGGAGUGGCAUGAGCGAAUAACUGUACGCAUGGAGCUGCUGGGCUGUGAUGAUUAGUGGACUUGCUGAAGGCUGCACACUGCUACUCUCUGCACUGGUUUCACCUGAAGUGUGUCUGCUGGUUGUAGCUGAUGUUUUGUUUCAGUAUGCAUUAGCUUCAUCUGUAUUGCUUUGUAUUUUAUUGUUAAUCAAUGCCAUUAUUUUGAUGUGCUUUGAAAAGGCCUUGGCUGUUUGUAGCCAUUGGAAGUCAAUGGCUGUUUGGUUACCAACACUAUUCAAAACAUAUUAUUUUGUGUUCAAAAGCUGAACUAAUACAGGUUUGGAACAACUUGAGGGUAAGUAAAUGAUGGCAAAAUGUUAAGAACCGUUAACCUGUAAGGAAAAAUAGACUCAUUCUAAUUAAUAAAAUUGUCUCAAUGCAACUGACCAUUCUUGUAUUUCAAAAUGUUACUUUUAUUCCUCAUCUUUGGUCACCAAGGUGAUUCAACCUGUCUGCCUUCUAGCACAUGUACAGCACUGAUCUGUAAUGGAAAAAGGUCAACUUGUAUUCUGUGUAUCUCUUUUUGUUGUUGUUGUUAGCACACAAAAGCUGUCUCAUUUUUUUUUUCUGAAAUGUUCUUGAUAUAUGGGUCUGUCAGAAACAGUGCUGAAGUUAAAUUAGAUCAAUCUUUAAAUUAAUCUUCCUAUUGAAAUGUCUUCAUUCUCACUUUAAAGGUUUAACAUAAGCAUGGUAGAGCUGCUCAAAUCAAUUGACCUAUAUUUGCACUGCAGUUGCUCUACACUUUAUACUAUAGUUUAUAUAAUUGCUCAAUCAAUUUUAUUUGAGUCAAUAGAAUUGUACAAUUGUGCAAAUAUUGAGUGAUUUUAUCUUUUGAAAAACACGUUGUCUUUAACAAUAUGAAUAAACAUGUUCAAUAUU